AUGCGAAUAUCAAACAGUCGCCCUGCCGUCAUUGGCCCGUCCUGCCGUACGAGGCUGUCUUUGACGGAGGCGAGACUCGCGCCCGGCACCAUGUUUGUCCCGCUCGGGAACCUAUGCAUCUUUUCAAGCUGCCUUCAGCUGAACGAGCCAUGAGUCUAGACACCCAGGCUCAUGCAGGUGAUGUAAGGCAGUCCAAGUAAUUUCUGGAGGCAUAAAACGGGAUAGUCCAUCGGCGAUAUGUCUCGCUUUCCAUCUUCUUCCAACGACCUCAGCACACUCUCGCCCUGCCCUCUUCACAAUGGCGUCCAGGAUCUUCGCCCGCCUCGCAACGAAACCGGUCCUCAUCGGCGGAUCCGCAGUCGGCGCCGGCGGCCUCGCAACAUACUCCUACUCCUCCACCAACGGCACAUACGGCAAGACGAACUCUUCCAGGUGCGCGUAGACUAUCCAAAGUCGGCCGUCGAUGCUGCUACUGCUGCUACUUCUACUUCCCAGCCCGUCAUCCUACCCGGGCCUGACACGCCCCCGAUCGUCGGACUCGAUGCGCCCUGGCUGAACUACAACUUUGAGACGGAUCCGGAGAUGUAUUGUAGCGUCAUCAAGGAGUAUUGCUGGGCGGGGAAUGUCAAUAAUGACUUUGUCGUGCGGAAGAAUCCUGUCCGGCAGUGGUAUCACGCGCCGUGGAUGCACUGGAGUGCGAAUGGGCGGGAGCCUAUCCAUGGUCUGACGUUUGAACGGCCGACUCCGAAGUUGGAGCUGUCUAGGACCCAGGACCGUGUGCUGCAGACGUGGGCGUGUGGCUUCUACAAUGCUGCUGGGGCAUCCGCGUUCGAACGCAUCUGGAGAGACCCAAACAAUCCCCGAUGGGACAAGAAGGAAUUCCCCGACGGCUUCCAGUUCCCCGUGGGGACCGCCGUCUUCAAGAUACUAAUGACCGACGCAACAAACGACGAAGUCCCCUCCAUGGCAGGCGCCCCCGUAAUGAAAGCUGUGAUAGCUCAGCCGCCAACCCCAGAGCAAGAAGCCCAAUCAUGGACCUGGCAAGCCAGCAAACGCAACGACUUCGCCUCCGACCUGCGGCUCCUCCAGGUCGACUUUGCCGUCCGCGACGACCGCGCCCCGAUCGGCUGGGUCUUUGGCACAUUCAUGUACGACGGCAGCCAGAAAGACCAGAACCCCUGGGAUCGCAUCAUCCCCGUCGGCUUGAUGUGGGGCAACGACCCGCAACUCUGGCCCGCCGACGCCGCAAAAGGCGCGAAACCAAAGGAAUCAUGGCUAUCCAAGUGCGCCGACGACCUGCGCAAGUCCAUGGGCGGCACCCGGCCCAGCUGGGGCUGGAACGGCCGCAUGAACGGCCCAGCCGACAACUUCAUCUCCGCCUGCGCAUCCUGCCACUCCACCUCCCAAACCGGCCCGCGCGCCCCCAUGGUCCAGUCCCCCUCCUGGACCGACGCGCAGAAAAUGCACUUGUUUCGUAAUAUCAGGGGCACGGAGCCGUUUGGCGAUCCUCUCGGCGCCUCGAGUAACACUCCAAGUACCACCACCACCACCACCAGCAGCAGCAGCAGAAGCAACACCGCCCCCACAAAGGCCAACAACGACAGGGUCUCGGGCGACUACUCCCUCCAGCUCAUGAUCGGCAUGGCAAACUACCAGGCCUGGCGCAUCGGGCAGAGUCUGAUCCGGCGGACGAUGGUCAAGAUUCCGUAUACGAGCGCGUGGCGCGAGGCGGCGGAUGUGGAGGCGAAGAGGGAUUUGUUGCGGGCCGGGCCGGUGUAUGUUGAUGGUGAUGGUGGGAGUGGGAGUGGGGUUGGGGAGGAGAGGAACGGUGAGGAGGGGAAUAAGGGGGAGGGGAAGGAGGAGGAGGAGAGUGCGAGGUCCUGAGGAAUGUGUUGGAGUUGUGGGGCUGUAAGGAGGGGAUGGUAAGUAUGGAGGUACUAUAGUGUGUUUAUGUUAGAUAUAGGGGAAGAUAUGCUGG